AAUCCUACCUCUCCCGUCGUGCCACGGGCAGACUUUCUGUGUCGUUUCCAAGAUGGCUGGCUUCUGGGGGCUCGUGCGCGCCGGGAGGCGGCUGAGUCUGGGGGUCCCGCCGCGCAGGGCAUUGUGGGGCGGCAUGAGGAAGAAGGUGAGAGAACCAGAGGUGGUUGAAACAGCUGUUCUAGUGAAAGAUCCACCCAUCCUGGUCUGUCCCCCACCACGCAGUAGAAAGUACCUUCCCCCAGAGGAUCUCCAGAGUCGUCUUGAGUCUCACGUCAGGGAAAUCUUUGGACUCUCGCUCUCUGAGGACUGGCAGAAGGCCUCACUAAAAGAAAGCAAGUUAAAGUAUCGCCUGCUGGUACAACUGGCUGCAGAACUAGGCCAUGCGGUCCCCAAUUCACAACUCCACCAAAUGUGCACUGCUGGGGAUGUCUUAGCUUUCUACAGCACGCAGGUCAAAGAUGCCUCAAAAUUUGAUGAGCUAUGUACUGCAGAGCUGCCCUCAAACCUGAAGAUUAUGUGGGAACACUGAGUCAUGCCAGUCUGGGAUGAUGUCUAGGUGAGAUUCAUCAUGGUGAUGUCGACACGUCAUAUACGCCAUUGGGAGUUCAUUUAAAUGUCUUCAGAAUUCAGGGAUGCUGCUUACGGCUUAAAAAAUAAAAAAAGCAGCUUUUGUUAUGAUGCAACAGUGACAGCUGCUCAAUAAAGAGAACAACAUUUGUAUCCUA